GGCUGCACUCUGCGCACUCGCUGGUGGUGGGCGCACGGGAUCCCAGACUGUGGGUCCUCUCUCGCGCUCCGGUUUCCUCCGCACUUUUGGAUAACUUGCUGUUCGUUGAUCGCACUAUGACUCUGGAAGAAGUCCGUGGCCAGGACGCAGUUCCGGAAAGCACAGCCAGGAUGCAGGGCGCGGGGAAAGCGCUGCACGAACUGCUGCUGUCGGCGCAGCGCCAGGGCUGUCUCACCGCUGGCGUCUACGAGUCCGCCAAAGUCCUGAAUGUGGACCCUGACAAUGUGACCUUCUGCGUGCUGGCCGCCGACGAGGAGGAUGAGGGCGACAUAGCCUUGCAGAUCCAUUUCACGCUGAUCCAGGCGUUUUGCUGCGAGAACGACAUUGACAUCGUGCGCGUGGGUGAUGUACAGCGGUUGGCGGCGAUCGUGGGCGCCGGCGAUGAGGCGGGUGCGCCGGGCGACCUGCACUGUAUCCUCAUUUCGAACCCGAAUGAGGACACGUGGAAGGAUCCCGCCUUGGAGAAGCUCAGCUUGUUCUGCGAGGAGAGCCGCAGCUUCAACGACUGGGUGCCCAGCAUUACCCUCCCAGAGUGAGUGACAGCCCGGCCGAGACCUUGGUCUGAUCGACUUGGUGACGCUCCCGGGCGCCUAGCGCGCUGCUGGCUGUGGAGUGGCCCUCCGAGUGCGCCCGAGUGCGCGAGGAGACUGGCAGGCGAGGUUGCCUGGAGAGCGAGGAACGCGGCCUCCCGAGGAAGCCCGGCGGCGGCGGGGACACUUCCGUUCCGACCCCAGGACUGACUCUGCAAGUGUCGGGAGAGGCUGCUCGCACCGGAAGGCCGAGGCAGGGACGCCGGCUGCAGGGCGGGGAAGAGCAGACUGGAGAGGCAGGCGUGACUCAGCAGCCCUCCAGCUCCGCUGGAAAGACGGGAAGGGCGACGCAGGCGGCCUGAACUUGGUACAACUGCUGGAGCCGCCAGCUGCAGGAGCGAGCCGGACUUAGCAGGCUGCACUGCUUUUUCCAAACGGAUCCGGGCAAUGCUUUCAUUUUCUAAAGGAUGUUUUCGUGGAAGCUUUGAGUUUCACAAUAAACUUAUUGAAACAAA